CACCUCGGUUUCGGACUCGAAUACUGCUACUGGUCUGGAGCUGGAGCUUUCGACAAAAUGUUUCGUUCCUUAAUCCAGCGACAUCCUCUUGCCGCAGUUGCAAGAAAAUAUUGUAAUGUAAGAGCAUCUUCAACUAUUGGUAACAUAUCUCUUACUGAACGUAGUCAUAACUGUCAUGAGCUGAGAUCUCAUCAUGUUGGAGAAAAAGUUACCAUAUGUGGAUGGCUCCAGCACCGUCGCUUUGAUUUCAUGUUCACACUCAGGGAUUCGUUUGGAGCCAUUCAGAUCAUUAUCCCUAAAGAAGAGCAAGGAAGCAAGGAGCUUGUGGAGACAUUGACAGCUGCUUACCAGGAAUCUGUCGUCAAGGUCAAAGGUCAUGUCCAGCUUAGACCCAAUGGUCUCAAGAAUAAGGAAAUGGGGACUGGUGACGUAGAGAUUGUUGCAGAUUCUGUGGAGCUUUUGAACCCAUGUAAGGAGCAGCUUCCAGUGCAACUUAGUGACUUCAACAAAGUUUCAGAAGCAGUGAGAAUGCAGUUCAGAUACAUUGAUCUUAGGAGUAAACGGAUGCAGAGGAAUCUCAGACUCAGAUCAGAUGUCGUCAUGAAGAUGAGAGAAUUUCUCUGGAAACAGCAUGGAUUUGUUGAGGUUGAAACACCGACAUUGUUCAGGAAGACCCCAGGUGGUGCCCAAGAGUUUCCUGUGCCUUGUAAACAGACUGGGAAGUUUUACUCUCUCCCUCAGAGUCCCCAACAGUUCAAGCAGCUGCUCAUGGUUGGCGGUAUUGAUAGAUACUUCCAGAUUGCACGUUGCUAUAGAGAUGAGGGCAGCAGACCUGACAGGCAGCCGGAGUUCACCCAGGUUGACCUUGAGAUGUCUUUCAUAACCAAAGAAGGGAUUUAUCAACUGAUUGAGGAAAUGAUUUUAUUCUCUUGGCCAGAGUCAUUACCAACUCCUACCAUUCCUUUUCCAAGAAUGACCUAUGAUGAUGCAAUGAAUCAGUAUGGGGUUGACAAACCAGAUACCAGAUUUGAUAUGAAGAUCCAGGAUGUCACCGAUAUCCUCCAGGGGAGUGGAGCAGCAAUAUUUCAAUCAAGUUCACCAUCUUUUAGAAUCAAGCUGAUCAACUGUAAAGGAGCUACAAAUCAUUUGAAGAAGAAGCACAUAGAACUCUUAGAGGAAGAAGGCAGGAAGAAAGCAAGUCAGCUGGGAAUGGAGAAAGGUGGUGUGAUAGGUGUUAGGUUAGAGGCACCCCCAGCCUCUUGGAAGUCGCCCAUUGCAAAGUAUGUAGGGGAUGAUGUCAAAGAAAGGCUGGUAAAGAGUCUAGGUGCAGAGACUGGUGACCUGUUCCUCAUUGCUGCAGGAGAACAGGAUAUUAAUCAAAUACUUGGACAUGUGAGGUUACAGGCUGCCAGUCUUCUGGAAGAGAAGGGUGUAUCAGUCCGUGAUUUGUCAUCAUUUAACUUCCUAUGGGUGGAAGACUUUCCACUUUUCUUACCUAAAGACGAGGAAUCAACGAGUCAGGGGGAUGUUGAAUCUGCUCAUCAUCCGUUCACUGCUCCAAUGAAAGGAGAAGAAGAACUGGUCUAUUCAUCCCCCCUCAAGGUCAAGGGUCAACAUUAUGACCUUGUGCUGAACGGUAUGGAGAUUGCUGGAGGUUCUAUCCGUAUCCACCGUGCUGACCUUCAGAGAUACAUUUUAGAAAACAUUCUCAAGGAGGAUUCCAGCAGUCUGUCACAUCUGCUAGAAGCCUUAGAAUCGGGAUGUCCGCCUCAUGGAGGAAUAGCAAUAGGUUUUGAUAGGUACAUAUCGUUGCUUUGCGGUGAGCCAUCUAUCAGAGAUGUCAUCGCGUUUCCCAAGACGGUGGACGGUAACGACCUGAUGAGUGGGGCACCCUCUACACUACUGAACGAAGAACUAGAACGUUAUGGCAUUCAGGUUGCACAAGGAAAAGAGAGUUGAUGAUGGAUAGGAGCAUUGUGGACAUAUUUGCAAUAGAAAGGCAACAGGACCAUGCAUAUGGGAUAUUUCUGUGGAUGUCCCAAGAUCAAAGAAUGUGACAUAUUUAUUUUGUGGCACAUUGUCACCAAGAAAAGGCCCGAUUGCAAGCCAUAUGGAUAUUGAUAAAAUGGAAGGGAUUAAAGUCACUCAGUUGAAAAAUGAUUGUGUUGUAUCGAUCCUUUAUAUCUUUUGCAAUAAUGAGGAUAUUUCAGUGUUCCUGUGCAUGACUUAUGGUCAGGCGUCAUUUGAUAGUAUAGUCAAGCUUGCAUGGACCCAGUGCUGCAAAUAAAUAAGAUGACAUUCUUUUUCAUAUAGAGGUCAAUUAUAUUCCAGAAGGGUAUAAUUCUUUGUUUCACAGAAGAUUAAAAAUCAUGGAUCAUAAAGUAAAGCAGGGCUCUUUAUGAUGGGAUUAAUGUGUUCUUGUAUAAGAUUUGAGUCAUGUUGUUUAAAUUGGAAGAGGACAGAUCAUGUGACUGAUAUUUUAAACCUCCAAAGUGACUGGUGCUUGUGGAGUGUAAGCUUGUUCACUAUCUUCCGAGAUAUCAUUGUAUUAAAUCUGCACUUACAUGUACUUCUACGUUCCACAUGCAGCUCAUUUUCACUUCCCUUCAUUUCUAAUCUUGUUUCUUCUCUCUGUCUUUCCUUUGUAAUUACCUUCUGUGCCUAUUAAUCUAUUUUUCCUCACGCUCUCCAUCUGAGUCUCUUUUCCCCCUUAUGUUUGCCUCUUUCAGCUAGCUCCCCCCUUUCCCAUCUGUUUUUUUGUACUGUCUCCCUUUUAUCAUGCACCCUCUCAUUCUCUCUCCAUUGUUAAUUAUAAUAGCAAGUGUCUCUCUCUGCAUCCUGCUCUCUUUCAGUGAGUUUCCUCUUUCACUCUUUCUUUUUCUUAUCUUCCUUCUAUUCUCCUCUCUUCUUUUUCUAUAUUUCUUUCUCCAACUCACUUUUUCCCCUCUUUCUUUCUUUCUUCCCACUUCUCCUUUUCUCACCCUCUUUCUUAUUCUGUCUUUUGUCCCUCUCUUUCUUCCUACCUCCCUCUCAUUUCCCCCCUUCUCUCUCUCUCAUCCUUUUUAUUUCAUCCCCUCUACUCUGCCUCUUCCUAUAUUAAAUGAGAACUUGGUCUGCCAUAAAGUUUUAAGUCAAGACAGGUUUUACAAUCCUAUCAUAUAUGAAAUAAUGUAUUAUGUCUGCAUAUUGUAGAGACUGAGACAGUGUGUUGAAGGAGACCAUUCCUUUUGAGGAUGAACUUGAAACUCCAUCCAUUAAGCCCAUAUUAAGUGAAGUGUGUCUAUAAAAGCAUAAGUCUCAUAGCCCAACGUUUUAGACCAAUUUAAAUAAAAUGUUGUCUUAAUCUCAUACAUUCUUGUAUGUGAACUUGCACUUCUUCAAGUCAAGUCAAACCAUGGUUUAAUUACUUUUGUAAAUGUACAUGUACUGUAAAAUGAUUCAUGUAAAAUGAUGUUUCUACUGUUCUACACCUCAUUCUUCAAACAUGAAUAAUCAGGAAACUGUUGAAAAACAGCAUGUUUUAUUAUUAUUAUUGGUACCUGAGUAUAUAUUUAAUUUAUAUUCAACCUUUUUUCUAAAAUAAAUCAGUAAAGAAGGACAUGUUAACUUUCAUUUCUUUUGCUAUUUAUUCAGAGCACAGCUCAAACUGCUUCAUUUAUCAUAAUAAUUCUCAUAAUUUAUAUACAUUUAAUACAUCUAAUCUUGCUCUCUGGUAAUUGCGUUGGACACCCUUUCAGCAUCUUAGAACAAAAAAUCAGUGGUGGGAUUAUUAACAUAGUCAUGCAACAUGUUUCUACAUACUUGUCUCAAACAGGGCUACAUGUAUAAUUACAUUGUACAUGUCGGUAGACACGUGUCCACAGGCUUGGGCCCAAAUGAACUUCCUUGUGUCAAAUUUGAUUUGUGAUGGGUUUUCAUCAUGUCUACUGGAUGCUGAAAUACCAAUCCCCCUAAUUCAUUCUAAAUGUGACAUCACUCUUUACCGUUAUACCUUAAUUUCUAUUGUUCAGCUUGAUUUUUAUAAAUUGACAUUAUUACAUAAAGAAUAAAGAUGACCCUGGAAUGACUUAUAAUGAUUCCUUCACAUCUUAAUGAACUCGUAUAGCACCAUUUGAAGCAAAGAUUACUGUCUAUGCAUAAAUUAUACAUUCCAAUAUGUACAAACACAUUCCAUAAACAAAACAUACAAGCAGGGUGAAACACAAAAGUUUCAUAGGCGGUACUAAUGUUCAGUUCAAAUGCUCAAGAGAUGAACUCACCUGAAUAUGCUAAUUUAUUUUUGGGGGUCUUAUCUGAAAACAUCUAUCUAGAAUGGAUUAUUUUUCUUUUCUUUAUCAUCUAAAGGCACAUCCGGGGGGGGGGGGG